UUGAAUCCCAGCUCUCAAACAUAACCCCAAAACAUAAAAAGAAAGAAAAGCCGGGCGAAAGCAAGCAAAGCUGAAUCAAGAGCAGGAACAAUAGACAGCAGGCAUGGCCAUGGAAGGUAGCAACAUCAUCAGCAGCAGCAGCAGCAGCAGCAGCAGCGAGGACUUUGUGGUGGGCUGCUUGCUCUCUAUCAAAACUACCUUAGGCGAAGAAUUCAAAGGACAAGUCAUGACUUUCGACCGCCCCUCCAACAUUCUCGUUCUUCAAGAGGGAUCGAAACAUGGGCCGAAGAGAAACAUAAGGUUUUUGAAAGCAAAUUAUAUCAAGGAGUUUUCUUUCCUGGGUCAAGCUGAGGACCCACUUGACAUCAAGAAGUGUUAUAUAGAUCUCAAUAGUCUUCAAGCCGGGGAGGAACUGGCUUUAAGGCAAGCAGAAGCAGAUGCUGAGAGGAUUGGAGUGGGAGUUACUGCUGAGGCGCAGAGCAUUUUCGAUGCCUUGUCUAAGACGCUUCCAGUUCGCUGGGACAAAACAGUCAUAGUUGUUAUGAAUGAAGUGCGUGUCAGUAGUCCAUACUUAGCUGAAUGUGUCAGUGGAGGAACUCCUGCUGCUAAUGACCGGGUGAAGAAAGUGCUCGAGCUCGAGAGGAAGAGGCUGCAAGCUCGUGGUGCAAGUCGGUGAGGAUUUUACUUCUCAUCCUGCGAUUGCCUGGGAAGCACCUUGUGGAAUGGAUUAUUACGGGUACCCACCAGACUGCGGUACAGCCAUCUCUGGGAAAAGCAUAAUUCCAUAAGCUAAGAAGAUUCUAAUUUUAUUGAUAAGGGAAUUUUAGUUUUCACCUAGAAAUUAACUUGUAGCAAUUCUUUCACUGUGCUCCAACUGGCAAUUUAAUUGUAUCAUUAUCAGGUGUUCUGCGGUAUUAUCCCGGUUUCUUUAGCAAUAAAAGUUAUGGUGCAAUA